CCCGCCCGCCCGCCCAAUCCGCAGCCCUCGGCCCAGCAGAGCCGGGCGGCUUGUCUGGCCGGCGGAGGCUGAGCGCGACCCUCGCGAGCCGCGGCGCCCGCCGACCAGGGACAAGCGCGACUCCCGGGACCCCGCUCUGCCCCGCGCUGCCGCCUCCUCCCGUCGUCGCGGGGACGCUCCGGCCCGCGCCGCCAGGGCCGAGCUUCUCUUCCUCCCCGCGGAGAAGGAGCGGAGAAAGCCGAGCGGCUGCUCCGGGAGCGAGCGAGCGAGCGAGCGAGCCGAGGCCCCUGCCCCCGAGUGUCGGGGCUGGAGGAGGAGGAGGCGGAGGCGGAGGGAAGUGCGCGUCAUUCCCGGGAGGAGAGUGUUUCACCUCCAGGCUGAGGCUGCGGCUGCCAGUUGCAUAAAAGCAGCGGUGGCGGCGGCGGCGGCGGCGGGCGCGGGGCUCCCCGGGCUCUCUGGCCAUGGAGAGAAGAUCCGGACCCGGGGACGCUAGGAGCUCGGCUCCGUCUCUUUGGACCGCGGUGUAGGCACCUGAAGUAGCCGACGCUAAGCGGGGGAGGGGAAGUGACAGUGUAUCAUGCAUGCCACUGAUUCCAGGGGACAGCCCCCUGCUUUCCUGCAACCUCAGAACGGAAACGGCCAUCGCUCGUCUGGCUAUGUUCCCGGGAAGGUUGUGCCGCUGCGUCCCCCUCCUCCUCCAAAGAGCCAAGCUUCAGCCAAAUUGACCUCCGUCAGACAGGAAGCCCGGGCCACCUUUGCUUUCUCACCUGAAGAGCAGCAGGCCCAGAGAGAGAGCCGAAAGCAGAAGAGGCACAAAAAUACUUUCAUUUGCUUCGCCAUCACUAGUUUCUCAUUUUUCGUUGCACUCGCGGUCAUUUUAGGCAUAUCCUCAAAAUACGCCCCAGAUGAGAAUUGCCCAGAUCAAAACCCACGUCUCAGGAACUGGGAUCCAGGACAAGAUUCUGCCAAGCAAGUUGUUAUCAAGGAGGGAGAUAUGUUCCGUCUGACGUCAGAUGCCACGGUGAAUUCUGUAGUCAUUCAGGAUGGAGGAUUGCUUGUAUUUGGGGAUGAUAAAGAUGGAUCCAGAAAUAUUACUUUGAGGACUCGUUACAUCCUGAUCAAGGAUGGUGGGGCGCUUCAUAUUGGAGCAGAAAAAUGCCGCUAUAAAUCCAAAGCGACAAUUGCCUUGUAUGGCAAGUCAGAUGAAGGUGAAAGUAUGCCAACAUUUGGCAAAAAAUUUAUUGGUGUGGAAGCUGGCGGGACACUGGAGAUCCACGGGGCGCAGACAGUAUCAUGGACGUUGUUGGCGAGAACUCUGCAUUCCUCGGGCUUGACCUUUGGGUCGUAUGCCUUUGAAAAGGACUUUUCUAGAGGCCUCAAUGUGAGGAUCAUCGACCAAGACACGGCCAAAAUUUUGGAAAGUGAGAAGUUUGAUACCCACGAAUACCACAAUGAGAGUAGACGGCUUCAGGAACUUCUGAGAAUCCAGGAUCCAGGCCGGAUCGUUGCUAUCGCCGUUGGAGAUUCGGCAGCCAAGAGCCUCUUACAAGGAACCAUACAAAUGAUCCAGGACCGGCUGGGAAGUAAGCUCAUCCAGGGACUGGGCUACAGGCAAGCAUGGGCUUUGGUUGGUGUCAUUGAUGGUGGAAGUGCUUCUUGCAAUGAAUCUGUGAGGAACUAUGAAAAUCACAGCAGUGGAGGGAAGGCUCUUGCCCAAAGAGAAUUUUAUACUGUGGAUGGUCAGAAGUUCACUGUGACGGCUUACAGUGAAUGGAUUGAAGGUGUUUCUCUUUCAGGUUUCCGGGUGGAGGUUGUGGAUGGAGUGAAGCUUCAUCUGCUGGAUGAUGUUAGUAGCUGGAAACCUGGAGACCAGAUUGUGGUUGCAAGCACAGACUAUUCUAUGUACCAAGCAGAGGAGUUCACUCUUCUCCCGUGUCCAGAGUGCAGCCGUUUCCAGGUCAAAGUCAAAGAAGCCCCUCAGUUCCUGCACAUGGGUGAGAUCACUGAUGGUGUAGACAUGAGAGCAGAGGUCGGAAUUCUCACCCGGAAUGUUGUGAUCCGAGGAGAAAUGGAAGACUCAUGCUACGCUGGAAACCAGUGCCAGUUCUUUGAUUAUGACACCUUUGGGGGACAUGUCAUGAUAAGGAAAAAUUUUACUUCAGUGCAUCUGUCCUAUGUGGAGCUGAGACACAUGGGUCAGCAGCAUCUGGGGCGGUAUCCUGUUCAUUUUCACCUGUGUGGGGACGUGGAUCACAAGGGAGGGUACAGACACGCGACAUUUGUGGAUGGCUUGUCUAUUCAUCACAGCUUCUCAAGGUGCAUCACUGUGCACGGAACAAAUGGCCUGCUGAUAAAAGACACAAUUGGAUUUGACACACUGGGUCAUUGUUUCUUUUUGGAAGAUGGUAUUGAACAGAGAAAUACUUUGUUCCACAAUCUGGGACUCCUCACCAAACCCGGCACCCUCCUCCCCACUGAUAGGAAUAAUUCCAUGUGCACUGCCAUGCGAGAAAAAGUGUUUGGAAAUUAUGUCCCUGUGCCCGCCACGGACUGCAUGGCUGUUUCGACUUUCUGGAUUGCUCAUCCCAACAAUAACCUGAUUAGUAAUGCGGCUGCAGGCUCACAGGAUGCUGGAAUAUGGUAUUUAUUCCACAAGGAACCUACUGGAGAAUCCAGUGGAUUGCAGCUCUUAGCAAAACCAGAACUCACUCCGUUGGGUAUAUUUUAUAACAACAGGGUCCAUUCAAGUUUCAAGGCUGGCUUAUUUAUUGACAAAGGUGUCAAAACAACCAAUGCUAGUGCGGCAGACCCAAGAGAAUACCUCUGUUUGGAUAACAGCGCAAGGUUUAGGCCUCAUCAGGAUGCGGACCCUGAAAAGCCACGUGUUGCUGCUUUAAUUGACAGGCUCAUUUCUUUUAAAAAUAAUGACAAUGGAGCUUGGGUCAGAGGGGGAGACAUUGUCGUUCAGAAUUCAGCAUUUGCAGAUAAUGGAAUAGGACUGACCUUUGCCAGUGAUGGAAGCUUCCCCAGUGAUGAAGGUUCCAGCCAGGAGGUAUCCGAAUCUCUCUUUGUUGGGGAGAGCAGGAAUUAUGGCUUUCAGGGUGGUCAGAACAAAUAUGUAGGCACUGGAGGAAUAGACCAGAAGCCUCGGACCCUACCUAGGAACAGGACGUUCCCAAUUAGAGGCUUUCAGAUUUAUGACGGGCCCAUUCAUCUAACCAGGUGCACUUUCAAAAAAUAUGUGCCAACUCCAGAUAGGUACACCAGUGCUAUCGGCUUCCUUGUGAAGAAUCCCUGGCAGAUAACUCCCAGGAAUAACAUCUCCCUCGUGAAGUUUGGUCCGCACGUCUCUCUGAAUGUCUUCUUUGGGAAGCCUGGCCCCUGGUUUGAAGAUUGUGAGCUGGAUGGUGAUAAGAACUCCAUAUUCCACGACAUCGACGGCUCUGUGACAGGAUACAAGGAUGCGUAUGUGGGAAGAAUCGACAAUUACCUGAUCCGCCACCCAAGCUGCGUGAAUAUUACCAAAUGGAACGCAGUGGUCUGCAGCGGGAACUAUGCCCAGGUUUAUGUCCAGACAUGGAGCACUCAGAAUCUGACGAUGACCAUCGCACGAGAUGAGUAUCCCUCCUAUCCGAUGGUGCUCCGAGGCAUUAACCAGAAGGCCACCUUUCCACAGUACCAGCCUGUGAUCAUGCUGGAGAAGGGCUAUACCAUCCACUGGAAUGGGCCUGCCCCACGGACUGCUUUUCUAUACCUCAUAAACUUCAACAGGAAUGACUGGAUUCGAGUUGGCCUCUGCUAUCCAUCAAACACAAGUUUUCAGGUUACCUUUGGCUUUUUACAGCGCCAUAAUGGCUCAUUAUCCAAAAUGGAAGAGUAUGAGCCUGUGCAUUCACUGGAGGAAUUGCAGAGAAAGCAGUCGGAGAGGAAAUUCUAUUUUGACUCCAGCGCGGGGUUACUAUUUUUGUAUCUCAAAGCCAAAAGCCACAGGGAUGGCCACAGUUACUGUUCAUCUCAGGGAUGCGAAAGAGUCAAGAUCCAGGCAGCAACGGACUCAAAAGACAUCAGUAACUGCAUGGCCAAAGCUUAUCCUCAGUAUUACAGGAAGCCAUCAGCACUCAAGCGCAUGCCAUCCAUGCUCACCGGGCUUUGUCAAGGCUGCGGGACCCGCCAGGUGGUGUUUACUAGUGAUCCUCAUAAAAGCUACCUCCCCGUGCAAUUCCAGUCACCCAGUAAAGCAGAGACUCAGCGUGGAGACCUGUCUGUGAUCUCCGUCAAUGGCACCGACUUUACCAUCCAAAAUCCGGGUGUUCUCCUCCUCGUUGUGGAUGCCUGCAGCGUUCCUUUCCGCUCAAUGGCAAAGAAGGUUUUCUCUCUUGCUGAUAUCAGUCGCUUGGAAGAGUAUUUGAGAACAGGCAUCCCUCCAAGGUCAAUUGUUUUGUUGAGCACAAGAGGAGAAAUAAAGCAUUUGAAUAUUUCAGAAUCGUUAGUACCUCUGGGAUUAGCCAAACCAGCUCAUCUUUAUAACAAAGGGAGUACCAUAUUUUUGGGAUUCAGCGGAAACUUUAAACCAUCAUGGGCUAAGCUAUUCACCAGUCCUGCUGGCCAGGGCCUUGGGCUGCUUGAACAAUUCAUACCUUUGCAGCUGGAUGAAUAUGGUUGUCACAGAACCAGCGCUGUCCGCAGAAGAGACCUGGAACUGUUGAUGCAGACUUCAAAAGCACAUUAGAGACUCUCUGUAACUUAAGUGCUGGGGGAAAAAAAUGUGAACUAACUUAUUUAAUUUAUGGCAUUUUUAAAGUGACACUGUUAACCCAAUGGAACCAUUUUCCUAUUUGAUCCAGAAAGGGGAAAAGAGAGCUUAAAGUGAUCGCUUAAAUACCAGCUCACGCACCUUCUAGUUGUACAAAGUGUUGAAGAAUUUAUUUGUAUUUGUUAGGCUGGUAUAUUCAGAGAGCGGUUCGAUUCCCCACCUUCCACUCUGUGUGUUUUAGUGACUGUAAGCAGUGCUUUCCUUUCUGCAUCACAGGAUGUCAUGGGACAAGGCGGGGGCCUCCGAGGGUCAGCCCAAGUCCUUGAGCAAACCAGCUCUUGUAGCACCUCGUAUACUUGAAGGCUGAUGCCCAGUUGUGUCAUUGGCUUUGGGUCCACAGUUGACCUGGGUGGCUGGCAAGUUCACCGAUGCCUUGGGCUCUGGAUCUGGGCUGGCAGCCUUUGCAGAUUGUAUAGGAUACUCAGUGGCAGAGUUUUCCAUAUGGCAGCUCAGGCCCAGCUCAUGCCCUUUUUUGCCUGGGCAUGUGCUAUUUUUAUUCGUUUGUACAUUGAUUCCUUCCAAGGGUUUAACUUGCAAACAGAAAGGAUACUGGGACAAAAGGGCUUUAGGGAUUUGACGUCCCUCAUAAAUCUGCGCCCAUGGGCAAAAAUUUGAUCUGCACCAAGGUCUGAAGUUGUUGGGACCAUAUUUGCAGCUUUAAUUCUUAACCUGUUUCAACUGUAUAUUCGUGUUUAAAACGCAGAGCUGAGCUGAAUAUUUACUUUUUUUUUUUUUUUUUAGAGAAGGCCGUUUUCCUGAACUGUAAACUUGGGUUGUUUCAACUUGCACAAAGGAAGUCUGUUCUUGGGGUUGCUCCUGCACCUGGUUUUUGUUGUUGUUUUUAAUGUGUGGAUAUUUUAAAAGCUUUUCUGCUCCCCAUCCUGCCAGGAAAAUUGCAGAAAGCUUAAGGAUACCCCAAAAUGUUACACUCAGGGGGAGAAAAAAGGGAGAGCCUUUUAAGGGUCAGAAUCAUGGAGGAGAUCUUCAGAAACAGUACUCUGUGUAGCCUUAGAGGAGUUAGUCACUCUUAAUUAAUUAAAUUGUUAGAGCCAAUUUUUUAAAAAAGUGCCAUGAUGCCCUGUUUCCCUUCCCCCCGCGUGUUCUGUCAGUGAGAAUUGCAUGUGGUAGAAAGAUUGGCCCCACAGCCGGGGCGGUGACCACACCAAGAGGAGAGAAGGAUCAAAAUGCCUUUACCUUUUCCGAAACCUGUAAUACAUGAAGUGUAUGAAGACACGGCCGUGGCGAGAUGGUAGGAAGUGUGUUCAGGCUUACUUGGUCCUGAAUACAGACACACUCGUUUUCCUCCACCGAGAGCAAAGGCCGAGGGCCUGUCCCUUUGUGUCCAUGAGAAACUGCAGAGCAGCUCUGUGACUUCUGUUGACUUUACAAAAUAUGCUACCUCAAAAUGCUGCCGAUAAACCAUUCUAACUCUAAGUGCUCUUGCUAAGGGCACAUGUCUUAAAGUUUAAGGCUGUUUUUGUUUUUUUUCUUUUGUAUCUUGAUGAACAAGAUCUUACCUAUGAAAUAUAUUAUUGGAUCAUGGUUCCUGAAGGUGAUUAAAGUCUGUUUGUGUGUGUGUUUUUUACGACUUAAGUAUCUCUUGUGUGUGUUUUUUAGAGUUUGGUUCUUUAAAGAUUUGGAGAGGCUAUGUAAGUUCCAAGGCACUCGUUUUUUUCUGAUUUAUAUGCUAAUAAUCAGGGCCUAAGUUAAAUAAAUAAAAAUGUGUGUGCAUGUAUUUUUUA